AAGAGAAGCACUGAUCUAUAAUAAAAGAAAAGAUGAUGAUGGAAAAGAAAACCAGAACAAUUCAGCACAUAACUUGGUUUCUAUGGUUCGUGGUGGUGCUGUUUGUAUGGGCGUGCAUAGCCACUGCAUCAUUAGCAGCAAGUUCUAUUGCAAAUCCUGGUUGCCUUGAAACAUGUGGAGAUGUAAUUGUUCCGUACCCGUUCGGGAUUGAAGACCCCAAGUGUGCAAAGAACGAGUCCUUCCUACUCGUUUGCAACCGUAGCACCAAUCCUCCUAAACUGUACAUAGGUGAAAACAUGUUUUUGUACAACAUAUCGGUGGAGAACGGCACAGCAACCACCGGCAUAGAUGCAGCAUUUCGUUGCUACAAUGAAACAGGGCUCAAGUGGCGAUUUGAUCAGCAAAUUACACUGUCAAAAGGGCCACUGACCUUCUCCGACUCCCGAAACAAGUUUACAUCUCUCGGUUGCGAUAACUUGGCCCUCAUGAAUGAUGCUGACGGUGGUUUUGGGGGUGGAUGUUUCUCCUUGUGCGGCUACAAUGAAAACGGUCCUCCUGAUGAUGGCUCUUGCUCAGGUGUUGGAUGCUGCCAGACACCAAUUCCUAAGCACCUCAAGACAUUAAAUAUUACUCUUGAAAAAGUAGGCUCAAACAAUAUAAGCGAUAAUUCGAUGAGUAAUAUUUCGUGCAUCUAUGCCUUCUUAACGGAUCCAACCUUGUUCGAUAUGUCCACUGUAGACCUCUACAUUGACCCAUUAAUUGAUAAUCGGUAUCCUAGUCCACCAGUGGUGCUUGAUUGGGUGGUGGGAAAGGAAAAGUGCGAAGCAAGUGAAGGACCCUCAGGAUACGCCUGCGGCGACACUGGAACUUCGUGCAACUACUCGGACAAUGGCCGCGGAUAUCGUUGCCUUUGUAAAGAAGGAUACAUGGGAAACCCCUACCUCCGCCAAGGCUGCCAAGAUAUAAAUGAGUGCGAAGAUCCAAGCACCUACCCAUGUGAAGGUACUUGCAAAAAUACACCAGGAAAUUACACAUGCAUCUGCCCACUUGUUAUGCGCGGUGACGGUAAAGUUGCUUGUCAUGGAGUUCGUCUUGUCAUAAUUGUCACAGUUCUAGGAGCAAUCAUUUCGUUUGUGAUCAGCAUUCUCCUAAUCUUCAUUCUCUAUAAAAGGAGGAGACAAGAAAAAAACUUCAUAAAACAUGGUGGUUUAGUGCUGCAGAACCAAAGGGUAAGGAUAUUUAAAGAGGAAGAGCUAAUAAAAGCCACCAAUAACUAUGGCCAUCUUCUAGGUCAAGGCGGUUUUGGAUCAGUUUACAAAGGGGUAUUAGCUGAUGAUACGCACAUUGCCGUCAAGAAGCCUAGGGGCUUGGACAAGACAGAUCUUAACCAACAAUUUCAACAUGAAAUUUGUAUUAUUUCCCAGGUCAAUCACAAGAAUGUCGUCAAGCUCUUAGGUUUAUGCCUACACACUGACAUUCCAUUGCUUGUUUAUGAAUUCAUAUCAAAUGGAACCCUCUCUGAACAUAUCCAUAAGACUAAGUCAAGUUUCUUAAGUUCAUGGAAGAAUUGUCUAAGAAUAGCUGAAGAGACAGCAUCCGCCCUAAGUUACUUGCAUUCUUCAGCAGACCCACCAAUCAUUCAUAGAGAUGUAAAGUCCAGUAACAUACUCUUAGAUGAUCACCAUACAGCAAAAGUAUCUGAUUUUGGAGCUUCAGUUCUCAUUCCAAUAGGUCAAAAUGGACUAAGUAUAGCCGUGCAAGGAACUCUCGGUUACCUGGACCCUGAAUAUCUAACAACAGGUAAUUUAACCGCAAAAAGUGAUGUAUAUAGUUUCGGAGUUCUCCUCGUAGAGCUCUUAACAGGACAGAACCCGUGCACUUUUACUAGGUUUGGAAAAAGGAGUAACCUCAUUCAAUAUUUCAUCUCUUCAUUACAAGACAAAAAUCUAUUACAAAUUUUGAAUUUUGAGGCCAUUGAUAGAAUUGAAAGGGAGCAAAUAUUGGAAGUUGCUAAACUGGCAAUGAAUUGUCUUAAUAGUUGUGGGGAAAAAAGGCCACCAAUGAUGGAAGUGGCAGAGGUUCUUGCUAAGCUAAUGAGAGUAUCCCGUGAAAGCUUGUUGGUUCAGCAUAACAGUGAAGAUACAAAGAGCUUAACUAGUGACUUAUCAUUCCAUGGUUUUGAGUAUGAGAAUGCAACUUCUCACAUGGGCUGCCAAUUAUCUGAGUUCCAUCUCAGUGAAACCCCAUUGAUAUUGAACCAAGUUGACUCAUCCAUAUAUUUAUGAAACAGUCUCAAGUACCCUAUAU